CUAGAUUUUUUUUUUAAAAUCACAACACUCUUCUCUUCUCUCAGAGAGACCACACAACACAACAGAGUUCAGUCCCCCAUCUCUCUCUCUUUAACCCCUUCCCCUACAAGUAGACUUUAAGACAACUUUUGUCUCAGUGUUGAGUUAAUGUAAUAUACCCAUCUGGUCAUUUACUCUCUCUCAUUCUCUCUCUCUCUAUCUCUCUCUCUUUCUCUAUUUAGAUCACUUCAAGAACCAGAGAGAUCCAAACAAAACAUACAUCAUCAAUCACUAGUACUACAAUGGACUACGAAUACGGAGGAGGAGAGUACUGCAAGAGAGGUCACGUGCCUGCUUUUGGAAGCUGGGACUGGAACGACGCCGUUCCUUUCACUCAGUGUUUUGAGACAGCGACUACUACUACUACUACAGCAACACAACAGCCACCUCCUCAAGCUUUUCUCCACUACGCUCCUUACUCUCAUCAUCAAGAUCGUGAUCUUUACCUAGCUGGUGAUCUCUACGACAACCACCACCUUGUAGCUCCUGCUGUUAUCCUCCUCCCUCGUCGCCGUGCUAAGGUUGGUCAAGAACCGGCGGAGAAGAAGAGAAACGUCUCAAAGGAACAACACAACUACAAGACGGAGGCGCGUGAGGCAAACGCGCCGGUUAACGUGAAACGGAGGAUGAAAACACCUAAGCCUGUUGAUGAAGACUUGUACAAAGUCUCACCACAACUUCUCUCUGUCAAAUCCAAAAGGAAAAGAGGAUUUGGGUGCAUUUCAAGGUGUUUUUUGCCAACACGGGUGCUUUGAACUUUGAAGAAACAACAAAGCGUGAGAGACUGGAGUCAGAACAACAACAACACUUUGUUUUUUCUUCUUUCUUCUUUUCUCUAAUAGUAUUAUCAAAAAAGACUAUGUUUGUGGAGUUAUUAUGUAUGUAUUUUAUUUAAGCCUAGGAAAAAAAAAGGAAGAUGAAUUCUAAAAUA